AUGGACGACACCUCCAUGCCCCAGGACGAGUACUUCGAGUGGGAAGACAUUGUGCUGUAUCGAGCGCCGGGCGAGGUGACCGAGUCGGGCGAGAAAGUGCAAUGUCACCACCAUCACCAAACCCUGGAGUACCGACGGACCUACAGCCAGACCUUCGAGGCCAGCGAGAGUGAGCCCGAGGACUUCCAAUGGAACGACGGAACGUCGACGACGUUGACCACUUCGGUGCAGACGUCGUUCACGCUCAAUUGGAACUCCGGCAACAAAGACACGUCAAUCGACUUCCCUUCGUAUGACCACGACGACGACGACGACGACGACGAUAUCCACCCCGGACUUGGACUUGCUAGGCCGGAGCACGCGACCCCGAUUGUGGAGGACUACCCCAUCUCCGGGCUUCCGGGCACGAUUGAUACGGUCAAACGGGAUGCGACAGCGACAGCGACAGCGACAGACGCUUCCGGGCCAUUGCCAAUGCCUGAAUGCCGAGAUAGCUCGUCCAUUUCGUUGCAACCGUUUGGAAACGUCAAUUACCUGCUGCACCAAUGGCGGGAAGAGGACGUCUCGGCAUCCUGGAGGCACCUCGUGACCAAAAGCAGAACCUGGGCGGAGGCCAAGGAGAAGCUGGACCAUGCCUCCUGGAAACGACACAAUGCUGUCGCCCGACUGGAAAAUGCGUCCUGGCGGACUUGGUCAAAGUUGCGCUUCGGCUGCAAGACCGUAUCACCUCAGACGAUCAACUGCCCCUCGGGGUCGCACCAGUCACCUGAUACCCGGACUCCGAAGAGCAAAUCAAACCCCUGUGCGGCGUCUCCGACUCCGAUCUUGAAGAAGCCCAGCAUGGCUGAGAUCUUAUGCCGAGGCUCACUGCCCACCUUCACUGCAAAUGAGGCCGUCGUCCAAGGCAGUUCCCUCCGCGACGCAUCUCCGCUGAGCUAUCAUCAGUCCUCUUCUCAGCACGUCGAGUUCAUCUCGCCCAUCCCAACUCUCGCACCACGCAGCACCCGGACGAAGAGCGUCAAGUUCCUUGAGGAAGUCAGACAGUACAUCAUCGUGCUUCCGAUUGGAGACCGCACGAUCCACCGUACGGUCAAGAAGACCCGAUCAGCGACCUUGAAAUCAGGAGAAGCCUACUCCCUGGACCCGACCCCAGCCCCAGCCCCGACACCCGCGCCGGCGCCGAGCGACUGGAUUCCGGAGAACCUGUGGUCGUUCGACGCGGAAAGCAGCCAGCCAGAAACCGUCGACCUGGAAGAGUGGUCGUGGCUCGGUGGCAGCGGCGAGGAGGAAGACGCGCAGGAUCAUUCCACGCCGAUAUUCACCUACAGCCAAGAGCAGCAUGGGGGGCCAUCAUCCUCAGAUACACCAGUUCCACCUCCCGACAACGUCGGCACAGGCCCCCUCACGCAAUUCAACCUGAGCUCGUUCGUGAUGAACACUACCGACGCUGACGACGAUGACGAGCUAGAUCACCUCUCGGAAUUCACAUCGCGAAGGUGGAGCGACAACCUGGGUUCUGCCCCCAGGAUCCCCUCCUCGUCGGCCUCGGAUACCCAGUACUCGGAGGACAGCAGCGGCGAUGACGAGGACUUGCCCGCCUCCCCUCCCAUCAAGGACACGAUGCCAUCGAGUUGUUUCGGGGAGCAGCAGAAAUACCUGUUUCCGGGGGCGGGGACGACCAGCAUCGGUGUUGUAGACGACGACGACGACCAUGAGAGGACGUUGUACGAACAGAUCAUGGAGGAGUUCGAACUUGGGUUUUGA